AUGCAGACGACUUUCGCUUUUCUCCUAGGUCUCUGGCCCGCUGCCGCACUCGCAGCUCUCACGACCUCCAUCACCUUCCACAUCCCGGCGUCCCACCUGCUCGCAGACCCGUGGCGUCUCCCGCCAUCAACGCACGCAACGCUCACCUCGCUGCGUGUGGCUGCCUCGGUCCCCCUGACGACGACCAACACGCUGGUCUUCCACAAUGUCUCGGCGGGCAGCUACCUGGUGGACGUACACUCGCCGACGCACGCCUUCAUGCCGAUUCGGCUAGACGUGGCGCCGGACGCUGCGGCCGACGGCCAGGCGCUGCGGGUCGAGGCGUGGGAGACCUAUCGCGGCAACGACUGGGGCAACAAGGGGGAGGCGAUCCCGCUGAGCGACGGUCGCUUCGAGGUGCGGGCUCUGGGGCCCAAGGGCUACUUCUCGGAGCGCAGCACCUUCUCCGUCCUUACCAUUCUGAAGAACCCCAUGAUCCUGCUCGGCCUGGUCAGUAUGGCCAUCUUCAUCGGCAUGCCGAAGCUCGUCGAGAACAUGGACCCCGAGAUGCGCGAGGAGUGGGAGAAGAAUCAGAAGAGCAACCCGAUGAACAACAUUUUGAGUGGAGGAGGACAGCAGCAGGCGAAUCCGAUGGGUAAUUUUGAUAUGGCUGCGUUCCUAGCAGGCCAGAAGAAGGAUGACAACGGAGGCUCGAAGCGGUAA